UGGAGCGACGAGUCGGACUCGUGGUUCGACGAUGAGCAAGAAUUCGAUGCGGACGCCCAACGCGUACAGGGUUCGGUCGACGGGGACCACCGCCCUCUGUGGCCAUUCUACGAUCCAAACUGGCCUUCAAGUUUCGAGGAGAGGCUCUCGGACUGGAAGAGCCGGACUGACAGUGAUGGAAACUAUGUGAGCAAGUGGUUCGUGGUGAGUUCCUGUGGCGCAUAUGAUUCUUGCAUAGUCGAUUAAUUCAUAUCCUCCCAGCUGCACAGAACGAGGGUCUUCAUGGGCAGGUCCGGUAAUCCUAUGACCUACAUGGACGGCCCCCACAACGUUCGGCUGACGAUGCCUCAGCCGAUCCCGCCACCUGAGUCAUCCCAUACUUUACGGAAGGGGCUAUGGAGCUGUCAUGAAGUGAAUGGCCAAAUUGUUAUCACUGAGCAGAUGCCAGCACAGGAAGCGGAAACAUUCGGAUCGAGCGAUGCUGACCUCGGAAGAUUAUCAAGGGCUCCGCGAGCGACCGCGUCCAGUACCGAACGAGUGAGGCAGGCCCCUGUCGGACCGAGGCCACAUGACAUUAUCCUUUCCUACAGACCUCGCCAAAGGUGAUGCAGGGUAUCUGCGCUGACACCGGAACCACGCAGGACAUUUACUGCAUGGCUGCUGCGGCUCGUUUGAAGGAGGCACCAGUAUCUACGCAUGACACUGCGGCCGAUCCCAUGCUUUUCUAAGCCUCGAAUACUACUGCGGGACGUCGUUCGCGAGCAUUCGUCUCCGGGCUGUGUGAGACGGCCAGAGCAUGUCGAGAACGAUGGUACGUAGGGGUAUGCAUACGACGCCAUUGAUCUUUGUGUCUCCCGUUAUAGAAUCUCUUCGUUUCUGUGCGCGAUGGUCGCAUUAUGAAGUGAAUGGAUUGAAUGGAUCUGGCCAGAUCAGAGUCGACAGGGCCACUCGAAUGAUUCUGAUAGCCUAAACCGAGUCACCAGAAGUCGGAACGACGAAUCUGAGACACUCGACGGAGCAGCUGCCA